GAUGAGCGGCCAACUCCUGCUCCUGGCUGUGCUCCCAGCGCUCCUGGGUGCUCCAGCUGCCAUGGCACAGAAGAGGAGCCAAGCAGUGUGUGAGGAUGUGCUGCAGGCUGACAUCGCCUUCCUGGUGGAUGGCUCAUCCAGCAUUGGAAGGAACAACUUCCAUGCUGUCCGCACCUUCAUGGACGAGCUGGUGGCGCCCUUCGUGCAGGUGGUGGGUGAGAAGGCAGUGCGCUUUGCCGUGGCACAGUACAGUGAUGACCCACGGGUGGAGUUCCCAUUCUCCCAGUACACUGAUGGUGCAAGUGUCCGGAGGGCCAUCCAGCAGCUGAGCUACAAGAGCGGCAACACGCGGACAGGCGCUGGCUUCCGCUAUGUUGCUGACAACUUCUUCAGCCCUACUCAGCGCCGGCCUGGGGUCCCACAGAUCUGCAUUCUCAUCACGGAUGGCAAGUCCCAGGAUGAUGCUGAGGUACCGGCAGCAAAGCUGAAGAACCAGGGAAUCAAGGUCUUCACUGUGGGUAUUAAGAAUGCUGACCACAAGGAGCUGAUCCGUGUGGCCUCAACACCUACUGAGGCCUUCUUCUUCUACGUUGGUGAUUUCAAGCUGCUGGACACGCUGGUGCCACUGAUGACACGCAGGGUGUGCACGAGUGUUGGGGGCACCCUGCGCCUGCUAGAUGGGCCAAGCCACACUGGCCCCUCCGACCUGGAGAUCCCAGAGGGGGGCCUCGACCAUCUGCGGGUCCGCUGGAGAGCAGCCAGUGGUCCCAUCACUGGCUACCGGGUGCAGUACGUGCCACUGACAGGGCUAGGGCAGCCCAUCAUGGCAGAGAGGCAGGAGGUGACCGUGGGGCCACGGGAGACAAGCACUGUGCUCCGGGGGCUGCGUGUGGGGACAGAGUACCUGGUGACUGUCACCGCCCAGUAUGCCAACAGCAUCGGCGAGUCGGUGUCUGGCCGAGCACGAACCCAAAGCCGUGCUGGCUCCGUGCUGGAUUUUCGCGUGGUGGAGACUGGACCAACGUUUCUGCGGCUGGCCUGGCGGCCUGGCCCUGAGCCUCCCCAGGGCUACAGCCUCAGCUACGCUGAGAAAGGAGCCCCUCAAAGGGAGGAGAAGAGCCUGACGGCCAGUGCACAGUCGGCCACGCUCAGAAACCUGCAGCCUGACACCGAAUACGUGGUGAUGCUCCGGCCCCGCUAUGCACAGCAGCCCGCUGUCCCUGCCACCCUCACCGCCCGGACACGGCAGCUGGUGGGCGUGCAGCACCUGAGUGUCCACAACGUGUCAGCACAGAGUAUGCUGCUGGCCUGGCAGCCUGUCAGUGGUGCCACCGGCUACCGGCUCUCCUGGGCAACCCGCACAGGGCAGGACAGGCACAGGGUGGACCUGGACGCUGGGCAGACAUCACACGCAUUGGUGGGGCUGCAGCCCAACACUGACUAUGUGGUGAUGGUGGCCCCACUCUUCAGGCAGCUGGAGGGGCCCACAGCCACUGUGCAGCAGAGGACAGAGGCAGGUACAGACCAGACGCUGCAGACCAACAUCCUGGGCCCCACAUCCAUCCAGGUGCUCUGGACCAGUGCCCGUGAUGCUCGUGGCUACCGCCUGGAGUGGAAGAGAGCCACAGGACCAGAGCCCCCCAGAACGGUGUCUCUCCCCAGCAGCACCAAUACUUACCAGCUGACAGGGCUGAAGCCAGGCACUGAGUACCGCAUCACCCUCUACACGCUCUAUGAUGGUGGGGAGGUGGCCACCCCUGUCACCACCUUCCAGACAGGCAUGGAGGCACCCGUGGGUGCUGUGUCAGACCUGCGGCUCGCUGAGGAGUCGGGCAGGCGGGUGCGGCUGAGCUGGACCGGUGUCCCCGGUGCCACCGAGUACAAAGUGGUGGUGCGCAACAACCAGGAUGGCACGGAGAGGACGAGGCGUAUCCCAGGCAGCCAGACGGGGCUGGAGCUCGGUGACCUGCGGGAGGGCAUCGCCUACCUGGUGCGUGUUUCGGCACUCGCAGGCAGUCAGGAGGGCAGUGCUGCCACGCUCACCAUCCGCCUCAAGUAUCCAGAGGUGGGCAGCAUUUCGGAGCUGCGGGUGAUGGAGGCCGGUCCCAGUCAGCUGCGGGUCACCUGGCGAGGGCUACCAGGUGCCGGGGGCUACCUGCUGACGUGGCAAGGCAGUGACGGUCAGAAGAAAUCCCGCUUCCUCCCUGCUGACCCCACCACCUUCACCAUCGAGGGGCUGCACGCCAACAUCGUCUACACUGUCAGUGUCUCAGCCAUUGUGGAUGGCCGUGAGGGCAGCCCUGUCACUGCCACGGGGCGGAUAGUGCCAGAGCAGGUGGGGAAGGUGACCCAGCUGGAGGUGCAGGCAUCCAGGAGCAACGUUGCCCGUGUCACUUGGGUCGGUGUGCCGGGAGCCACUGCCUACCGCGUGGUGUGGAGCCGCAGGGACGGCGGUUCGGAGAAUAGCCGGCGAGUUCCUGGCCACACCAACUCCUUUGACAUCCCCAACCUGGAGGGAGGCGUCUCCUACACGGUGAAGGUGACAGCACUCAUUGGCAACCGGGAGGGCAACCCCGUCUCCGUUGUCGUCACCACCCCGGAGGCCGUCCCCCUGCGCUCCAUCAGCGGCUUCCAGGUGACCGAGGCCUCGGAGCGCCACCUGCGCCUGACCUGGCUGCCAGUGCCUGGCAGCACCGGGUACCGCCUGUUCUGGCGCCUGGCUGAAGGGGGGUCCCAGCAUAGCCAGCAGCUCCCAGCCACCUCCAGCUCUUAUGUUCUGUUGGGACUGGAACCGGGCCGGCGCUAUCAGAUCAGCAUCACCAACCUGGCUGGCAGCCGAGAGAGUGAGCCAGCCACCAUCACUGCCAUCACCACUCCCCCAAGCCACGUCACCAGCCUGCGGGUAAUGGAGGUGCAGAGAGAUUCGGUGACUCUCACCUGGACCCCCGUCCCUGGUGCCUCUGGCUAUGUACUCUCCUGGAGUCCUCCUGCAGCUGGUGGGGAGAGGGGGCAGACGCUGCCCAGCACUGCCAGCUCCCAGCAGGUCUCCGGGCUGCGCCUGGGCCAGCGCUACACCUUCACCCUCCGCCCACUGCUGGGGAGCGCGCCGGGCGCCGAGGUGUCCGUCAGCGAGCGCACAGUCUGCAGGGAUGCCCUGGGUGACGUGGUCUUCCUAGUACACGGCACCCGCAACAGCUCCUCUGGUGCCGACGCUGUGCGCACCCUCAUCUCCAACACCGUGUCGGCUCUGGGGCGCCUGGGCCCUGAGGGCACACAGGUGGCCCUGGCCACGUACAGCUACCGCAGCCUGCCCUGGCUGCUCCUCAACCGCUCCAGCGACCUGCCCACUGUGCUGGAACAGAUCCGUGCCAUGCGCUACGAGGAGCCCAGUGGCAAUGCCAUCGGGGCUGCCAUCACCUUUGCCAGGACCUAUCUGCUGAGUCCUGGUGCAGGGCGCCGUCCCGGGGUGCCAGCAGUGCUGGUGGUUCUGGCUGACAGCCCUUCUGGGGAUGAUGCCAUCACUGUGGCCAGGGAUGCCAAGGCUGGGGGGGUCCAGGUGCUGGCAGUGGGCAUGGAGGGGGCAGACCGGGAGCAGCUGCGGCGCAUGGUCACCAGCGAGAACCCCCGGUACAUCUACCAUGGCAGCGACCUGGCAGAGCUGGAGGGAGAGCUCACCGAUGACCUCUGCACCAUCAUCUCCACCAAGCCAGUGCCGAAGCCAAAGCCCUGCACUGUGCAGUGCCCCAAGGGAGAGAAGGGAGACCGCGGUGAGGCAGGACGAAUGGGACCACCAGGUCUCCCUGGUCAGCCGGGUCGCCAUGGGCUUCCUGGCCCUCCAGGACCACCAGGGCCACAGGGUCCACCAGGAGAGAGUGCUGAGAGUUUGGGCAAGAAGGGGGACAGGGGAUUUCCUGGAGCCGAUGGGACACCGGGAAGCCCUGGACGCCCUGGGAAUCCUGGAUUACCUGGGCAGCCAGGCAUCCAGGGCAUCCCUGGUCCUCGAGGGGAUCCUGGGACACGGGGGCCUUUGGGACCUAGUGGCCCAAAGGGGCAGAAAGGUGAACCGGGAGAGCCCAGAGUGAUCGCUGAUGGAGAGCAGAGGCUGCCAGGCCAGAAAGGAGAGCCAGGUGUGCCGGGCAGCCCCGGCUCACCUGGGAUCCCUGGCCCACGAGGGCCCCUUGGUGAUCCAGGCCCCCCUGGUCCCCUUGGACCCAUGGGGCUACCAGGACCUCCUGGAGAGUUUGUGAAGGGAGAAAAGGGUGACCGAGGGGAAAGGGGCCCCCCUGGAUUCGUAGAUGGGGCAGUACCUCGAGGGGAUCCUGGACCACCAGGCCUGCCUGGGGACCCUGGGCCUCGGGGACCUGCUGGGCCCCCUGGCCUGAAGGGAGAGAAGGGUGAUGGCAUAGAAGGUUUCCCAGGGUUGCCUGGCCGUCCUGGGGACCCAGGAGACAGGGGUCCUCGGGGGCCACCAGGGGAGCAGGGCAGGAAGGGAGACCGUGGGGCGCCAGGCGAGCUGGGAGAGACAGGCGAGAAGGGAGACCGUGGUGUGCCAGGCCCAGAGGGUGUUAAGGGUGAGAUGGGAGCCCCAGGGCACCCAGGGCCAUCAGGCAGAGAGGGAGCUCCAGGACCAGCUGGCCCCCGGGGGGAGAAGGGCGAUCCAGGACCACCUGGCAAGCCAGCUCCCAGCGUGGCUGGUGUUGGAGAGAAGGGUGACAGAGGUUUCCCAGGACCGGAAGGACCUCCUGGCCCCAAGGGUGACACAGGAGGUCAAGGUGCCCGUGGUCCCCCUGGCCUGAGCAUCCCAGGGCCACCUGGCCCCAAAGGCGAGCAGGGCGAUCGGGGUAUCACUGGCCUCACAGGCAGGAGUGGCCCAAAGGGUGACCCAGGAGAGCCAGGGGAGAAGGGGGAGCCGGGCCGAGCAGGCAGCCCUGGGCAGACCGGGCUGCGAGGCAAGGAGGGAGAGCGAGGAGAGAAGGGUGACGAAGGCACCCCGGGCGAAGCGGGUCUGCCUGGCAAACCUGGAGACAGGGGUCCCCGGGGCCUUCCUGGCUACCGUGGUCCCCCCGGGGAGAAGGGUGACUUGGGGGACCCAGGACCUGAAGGCAGGAAUGGCAGCCCUGGAGCACCGGGGAGCAAGGGUGACCGUGGGGACCCGGGGCCUCCCGGACCCCCAGGACGAACUGUCGAUGCUGGGCUCGGAGGAGUGGGGGGAAAGGGUGAGAAGGGGGAGCCUGGGGACCCGGGCAAGGACGGUGUGAGCGGUGCCCGGGGUGAUGCUGGCCCCCCUGGAGUGCCUGGAGAGAGGGGUGUGGAGGGCCCCCGUGGCCCCCCUGGCACACGGGGGGACCCUGGGGACCGAGGCCUGCCAGGAGAGAAGGGGGACCGUGGCCCACCGGGGCUGGAUGGCCGCAACGGGCUGGAGGGCAAACCUGGGCCCCCGGGGCCUGCUGGGCUGCGGGGGGACCCAGGAAAGCAGGGAGAUCCUGGCCGGGAUGGGCUGCCAGGGCUGCGUGGGGAGCAGGGCCCACCUGGUCCUGUGGGUCCCCUGGGACCACCCGGCGUGCCUGGCAAACCCGGUGAGGAUGGCAAACCUGGCCUGAAUGGCAAGAAUGGAGAAGAUGGGACACCAGGAGAGGAUGGGAGAAAGGGAGACAAAGGUGAUACAGGACUACCUGGGAGAGAGGGCCGCAGCGGUGCCAAGGGCGAGCAGGGGGACAGAGGUGUGCCAGGCCCCCUCGGCCCCCCUGGCCUUCCCGGGGUCCCAGGCCAGGUUGGCCCCCCAGGCCAGGGCUCCCCAGGCCUCCGUGGGGUGGCUGGACCAAAGGGGGACCCAGGGGAGCCUGGACUGCGAGGGGAGCCGGGGCGACCUGGCAACCCUGGAGCACGUGGAGACCCUGGGGCUACAGUGAACAUUGAACGUAGCCUGGAAGCGCUCGGCAUCAAGGUUUCAUCCCUGAAGGAGCUCACGGGUGCCUAUGAUGGGAGCUCAGACUCGCUUCUGCCGGGCUUCGAGCGGCUGCGGGGCCAGAAGGGCAGUCGGGGGGAUCCAGGAGAAAGGGGGCCCCCAGGCCGAGAGGGCUCCUUAGGCUUCCCUGGCGAGCGAGGACCCAAAGGUGACAAGGGGGACGCAGGCAGCCCCGGCCCCCAGGGCCCCAUGGGCCGGGCCGUGGGCGAGCGGGGUCCCGAAGGGCCGCCGGGGCAGCCAGGGGAGCCUGGCAAGCCGGGCAUUCCUGGGGUGCCUGGCCGGGCUGGGGAGCUGGGGGAGUCCGGGAGGUCCGGCGAGAAGGGCGACCGAGGCGAGAAGGGCGACCGAGGUGAGCAGGGGAGGGACGGCGUGCCUGGACCCCCAGGGCCCCCAGGGCCCAAGGUGGACGUGGUGGAGGGCAGCCUGAUGGGCCUCCCAGGCGAGCGUGGCCCCACUGGACCCAAAGGAGCCAAGGGUGAGCCAGGAGCUGAGGGCGAGCGGGGACCCAAAGGAGAUAAGGGCGAAGGUGGCCUGAGGGGUGACCGAGGGGAGCCCGGUGAGAAGGGCAGGGAUGGCGCCCCGGGUCUCCCGGGCGAGAGAGGGCUGGCAGGCCCUGAGGGGAAGCCGGGCUUGCCAGGCUUUCCUGGCAUGCUGGGACGGCCGGGCAAUCAGGGAGAGCCAGGACCCCCAGGACCUCCGGGCAGCACUGGCCCACCAGGGACCCAGGGUGCAGCUGGUGCCAAGGGUGAUCCAGGGGAACCUGGCUCCAGCAUCCGUGGCUUGCCUGGUCCCCAGGGCAACAUGGGCCUGCCAGGACCCCUUGGCCCCCCUGGCCCAGUGGGCCCACCGGGUGUGCCUGGGCUGCCCGGACAAGUGGGGGAGAGCGGGAAGCCAGGCGUGCCAGGCAGAGAUGGUGUGCCUGGGAAGGAUGGCGAGGCAGGAGUGCCUGGGAAGAUGGGCUUACCAGGACCUUCAGGGCCUGCUGGUCCCAAGGGAGAGCCAGGGGAUGCUGGAGCCCCGGGGCAGGCCAUCGCUGGCCCCCCUGGAGCCAAGGGAGAGAAGGGUGAGCCGGCGCUGCUGGAGGGUGUGCUGCUGGGAGAGCCCGGCUCCAAGGGUGACCGAGGCUUGCCAGGCCCCAAGGGUGAGAAGGGGGAGCCAGGAAGGUUUGGAGAGCCAGGAGAUCCUGGGGAAGAUGGAGCCAAGGGAUCCCCUGGAGCCAAAGGGGAGAAGGGAUCACUGGGUGUUGGUGCACGGGGACCACCGGGACAGGACGGGCCUCCAGGUUUGAAGGGUGACACCGGCUUGCCAGGAUUACCAGGACCCCCAGGCUUAGCAGGCGUUGCUGGGAUGCCGGGACAGCCAGGCCUGAGAGGGGACAAUGGACAGCCUGGCCCUCCAGGGCCCCCAGGAGAGAGGGGUUUGAUCGGCUUUCCUGGCAGGGAUGGCACUGCUGGACCACCGGGACCUGUGGGGCCCCCAGGGCCGGCCGGCAUUCAAGGGGCCCCUGGCCUGAAAGGUGACAAGGGCGCUCCGGGGGCCGGGCUGCCAGGGGCCAGAGGUGAACGUGGUGACCCGGGACCACGGGGUGAAGAUGGGCGCCCGGGGCCAGAAGGGGAUCGUGGGCCAGCAGGCUUGCCUGGGAACCGCGGGGAGCGUGGGGACAAGGGAGACCUUGGGGCCCCAGGACCCAAAGGAGACAAGGGUGAUACCGUGGUGGUGGAGGGGCCGCCUGGAGCACGGGGCAGCAAGGGGGAGCCGGGAGAGCGUGGCCUGAAGGGCACAGAAGGGGACAAGGGGGACAAGGGGGAGCAAGGCAUGCUCGGAGAGAAGGGAUCAAGGGGUGAGCAAGGAGAGAAGGGCUCCAUGGGCUUCCCUGGGGCACGUGGCCCCAGCGGGCAGAAGGGAGAGGUUGGAGCACCAGGAGAGCCUGGCGAGCCGGGUCAGCCUGGCCGCGAUGGCAUCCCCGGGGCACGGGGAGAGAAGGGGGACAUGGGACCCCUGGGCAUGCGUGGCCUCAAGGGUGACCGAGGCAUGAAAGGUGCCUGUGGCCUCAAUGGGGACAAGGGCGAGAAGGGAGAGCCAGGGAUCCCGGGGCGCUCGGGACUGCCAGGGAGGAAAGGCGAGCCGGGAGAUCUGGGUCUGUCAGGACCACCAGGCAUUCCAGGAAAGGAAGGGCUCAUGGGACCCAAGGGUGACCGGGGAUUUGACGGGCAGCAGGGAGCCAAAGGAGACCAGGGGGAGAAAGGAGACCGGGGUGCCCCGGGUGUUAUGGGUGUGCCUGGUCCCCGGGGCAGUGACGGUGCUCCUGGCCCCCCUGGGCCCUCGGGGAGCGUUGGCCCACGAGGUCCUGAGGGCAUGCAAGGCCAGAAGGGGGAGAGGGGCCCCCCAGGACAGUCAGUGCCGGGUGCUCGCGGCGUGCCCGGCAUCCCCGGUGAGAGAGGAGAGCAGGGCAGUCCUGGUGCCCACGGGCUCCGUGGGGAGAAGGGGGAGCCAGGCAUGACGGAAGAGGAGAUCCGUGGCUUCGUCAGGCAGGAGAUGAGCCAGCACUGUGCCUGUGGUGGCCACUUUCCACGGCACCAGGAUUCACGAGGCUGGGGGGCUCAGGCCAGGAGCAGCUUCCGUUCUGCCCAGGGAGCAGGAAGAAUCGUCCGCCAGGAGAGAGAGCAUGACCAAACAGGGUCCUUCUCCACUCAGCCAUUCCUUGCUGGCAGCGCUCACACAGUUCCUGUGCUCAAGUUGUCACACGCUGAGGAGGAUGAGGGGCAGGACAGGCAGAUCAUGAUCGACAGUGAUGACCUGGGGUAUGACAGCAUGGAUGGAGAGGAGGAGGACUACGAUGAGGUCCUGGAGAUGGACAGCUUGGAGCAGCCUGCAGUGGAUGCCGAGCCCUGCAGGCUGCCCCUGGACGAGGGGGACUGCCAGCGCUACACCCUGCGCUGGUACUACAACCAAAGAGUGGCCGAGUGCCGGCCCUUCGUCUACAGCGGCUGCCAGGGCAACCUCAACCGCUUCGACAGCAGGGAGGAGUGUGAGCUGCACUGCGGGGCAGAUUCCCGUGGCAGUGCUGGCAGCCAGGAGGGAGGGCAGCCAAAGGUGUAGGUGCAGGCAGUGUCCUGGCAGGCAGGGCUGCCUAGAAAUGGGGCCCAGCUGCCUCCCUGGCUGGGGCUGGGCUGCUUGUGGUGGCAGUGGCCAUGUACCCACCAGCCCCAGCAGGAACCUGGUGCUAUUUCUAACCUGUCUUUAUGCUGCUCAUGGGUUUUUCAUUGCCUGUUUAUUGUCAUUAAGGUGAAAUUUAUAUCAAAUGGGAAACUGCCUCCCACCAAGGCUCUGAACCCCCUUUCCCACUGGGCUGUUCUGUUUGAUUUUUUAAAUUAUUUGCUGUCAACAGAAUGGUUCUUAGCUGUGUUCCCUCUCUCUGGAAGCAGAGCUAGGACUUGGCACUUGGGAGUUGGGCUCCCUCCCCUCCUAUAAUACCCUUGUACCCUUUCCUGCCCCUCAAACUCCCUCUCUGCUCUGCACUCUCUGCUGGGAGAGCUGCCCAUAUCCUUGUGCCAGGCAGUGCCUCUCUGCACAACAUCCCUCACCCCCUCCCUGCAAUGAGCUCCAUCUGAAUAAAUUUCACCUUAACCUCAACUAGGGCCCAGUUCCCCUUUUGUGGCUGUGAUGGUUUAGCAGUGACCAGUAGGAGACUGGAGGCUCUUGUCAUGUGCUACCCUUCAGAUCACAUGCCUGCCAGCACCUUUCUUUAAUCUGGGGGAUCUCACCUGCACCCCCAGGCCUGUCAGGGAAACCUUGAGGAUGGUGCUAUGUUAGAAGAGGUUCCUGCUUGUCCACGCUUACUCUCAAAGGCUUUGUGAAAGUGAUGUUGGCUGCCAGGGUGGCAGCCCCUGCUUCCCCCCACGCCCAGGGCUGAGUAGGCACAUGCCCUUCACUGUCCCAGAGCCCCAGGGGCUGCCAGGUGGGCUGUGUGGCCCCCACACGUACUGCUGUUCUCUGUGUAUAUCUAUAUACAAAUGUAUAUGUGUACCAAUGCAGGGGGAUGUGUAUUAAAGCUGUGCUCACAGGGAGAUGUCACACUUCUUGGCAUGCUGCUGGAGAUGCCUGUGGAUUCUGGGGACAGCUCUUGACUCAUGCAUGCCCCCUGCCCGCCCCAGCUGGGCUGCCCUUUCCAGCUGCCCACUGCUGGCAGUGCUGGCUGGGGUUCUCACUUUUCCAGUGCCCCAUCCCUGUGGCCAGCACGUGCCCAGCUGAUGCAAGCCAGGCCGUGACCCCCUGCCCAGGCCCUGACGUGUUGGCACGUGGGUCUGUGGUGCUGCAUAAUGUACUGUGUGAAUCAGUGCUGCCAGCUAAUUUUGGCUACUGGGUGUGAGUUCCUGGCUGUCCCUGGGAGGAGGAACAGAGCUGGCAUUAUUUCUGUUCCCUGCCAUCCUGGGGAGGGCGGCACAGGAUGGGUCCAGACCACAGGGCAGAACCCCAGGGGUCUGACCCCUGGGCACCCUGACUGCUAGCCCUGGCCAGCCCAUGGGGCUGAGCACCCACAACUCACCUCAUGAGCCUAAGAGCCUUGGCAUGCUCCUACAGUCUCUAAGGGGGAACUUUGGAGCAAAACCCUUGAAUAUGGGGCUCACCCCACAGCAACACCCACCUUGGGCAGCUGGCAGAGGGGCUGGGCCAGGCUGGACUGGGGCAGGUGUCUGAAAACCAGUGGUGUCCCAGCUGGAAUGCAUUAAGACGAGCUGCAAGUCACUGGUAUCCUGCAAACCAGUGGCCAAAGCAGUGCUUGGGUUUGGUACAGGAGGGAGGUGACGUGCCUCUAGAUAUGUCUUCCAUGUGGCCAGGGAGUCUGUCAGGACACAGUGCCAAACUGGUACCAGGAGCUGUCCAGGGGCCUUGUGAGGCACAAUGCCCAGAGGGCUGCCCAUGAUCCCUGUCUGGCAGCAAUAUACACGUUCUCUUCUCUCCUUAUGUGAUUACCAAGC